CAAGAUGCCCAAAUGUUGGAAAAAGUUCAGGUUCGAACGUUUACGUCCAGGUGCCAGAAUGUGCAGCUCCGGCGGGAAGAUUGUGCUUUUCUGGGACAAGAUUUCAUUGGAGGGAUAUCUUCAUCAUAUUUGGUCGGCGGAGAUUUCAUUGGAGAGACUCCAAGGAGGCGAGAUCUGGGGCAACAUUGAACGGUCUAAUAUUCUCAUGCCUGUUGAACCUUUUAAAGCCCCACAAGAAGGCCUUUAAGAUAACAGCAUAUACUGAAUAUCACUGCUCCUUAAAUCCCACAAAUAGCCUCUGUCAAUGACAUCUUCCUUCUCUUUGCAACUACUGUUGCUGGAUGUAGUGAAGAAGAUACCGCUGCUGUUGUUUUAUUCUUUUUCUUGGCAUCUCCAGAUGCAGAUUGAGCUGUUCUAGCUAGCUAGCUGCUUGGAUUGUAAGUACCGAGUUUUAGCCUGAGAUUUCUCCUGGGAAUCAGAAUAAGUUGCUGUUGAUGGUAGUAGUGAUAAGUGUAAUAUUUUUGGUUGGCAUAACUCUGUCCAAAGUUUCCAUCAGCUUUGUGUCUCCAUUACACAGAUUUCCCAUUCCAUUCUUCAGUUCUCUGAUAAGAAGACGCAACUGAUAAGAAACGAAUACUCCAUGCAAGGAUCCACAUCAUGUAGUUCAGCUCGAUAUUAUAGGAAAUAUAUUUGUGUUCAAGAUUAACAAAGGUGAGACAAUUCUUGAAGAACAACACACGGAGAAACAAUGAUGACGAUACCAAAUUCAGAUGGUUCUAAAUAUUUUUAAUAAUCCGAAGUCACGAGUUGUUCAGCUUUGGAAUCUAGAAAGAAGCAUCAUCUUACAUCUGAGUUUACGGUGGAUGUUGAUAGGGCCAACCAUACCUCACUGUACAAUACUUGUCUCCACGAAUAUGUCGGAUGGACCAUCACACACAUGAUUAUGUUACCUGUACCAUAUAUUAAUAUCUAAAUCAUCAAUUCUAUAAAUUCUUCAGUCAUUCAAGUGUCAGAACAAGAACGCUCACUAAGAUCUAUCACAAGUCACAACACCUUUCUCUUCUCAUCCAACGGUUCUAUUUUCACUUAUUCUUUCUUCAGUCUGUCUCAGAAUCCAAACAUGACUUCUCUUCUGUCUCUUCUUCUUCUUCUUGUUUUGCUCACUUUGUCUUCAGUAGAGUCCAAGACUUUCUGGGCUGACGUGGCAGCUCUUAAAGAGUUCAAGAACUCUGUGGAUGCGAAAUCGAUAACCCCCGGCUCUUGCCUCAGCUCCUGGGACUUCUCCGUCGAUCCCUGCGACGGUUUAUCCGGCGAGACAUUCACUUGUGGCUUCCGCUGCGACACCGUCGUUUCCGGAUCGGGUCGGGUCACAGACCUCAGCCUCGACCACGCCGGUUACUCCGGGUCCCUCUCCUCCGUCUCCUUCAACUUUCCUUAUCUCCAGUCCCUCGAUCUCUCCGGCAACUACUUCUUCGGUCCUCUUCCGGACUGCCUCUCCAACCUCACCCGCCUCACCAGCCUAUACCUUUCCGGUAACUCCUUCUCAGGAUCCGUACCCGAUUCUCUCGGGUCCAUGCCAGCUCUCGAGGAGCUCCUCCUCGACAACAGCCGCCUCUCCGGGUCCGUUCCGGCGAGUUUUAACAAUCUUUCCAGCCUUAAACGGCUAGAAAUCCAGCUCAACAACAUCUCCGGCGAGUUCCCCGAUCUGAGCUCGCUGAAGAACUUGAAUUACCUAGACGCGAGCGAUAACCGGAUCUCCGGUCGGGUCCCGUUAUCCUUACCCGGUUCAGUAGUUCAAAUCUCAAUGCGGAACAACCUCAUGGAAGGAACGAUCCCAGAGAGCUUCAGAAACUUAACAUCUCUUGAAGUGGUGGAUCUUAGCCACAACAAACUCAGUGGCUCGGUCCCGUCGUUCAUCUUCACUCAUCAAACUCUGCAACAGCUUACUCUCUCCUUCAAUGGCUUCACCUCUUUAGAUUCACCUUACUACUCACCCUCGGGUCUCCCCAGCGAGUUAAUAUCCGUUGAUCUCAGCAACAACCAGAUCCGAGGCUCGUUACCUCUGUUCAUGGGUCUCUUACCGAAGCUCUCAGCUUUGUCGUUAGAGAACAAUAGCUUCUCCGGUAUGAUUCCGACUCAGUACGUCUGGAAAACCGUAUCUCCCGGAUCUGAUUUCGCCGCGUUUCAGAGGCUUUUACUAGGCGGGAACUUUUUAUUCGGAGUCGUACCGGGUCCUUUGAUGGCGCUCAAGCCUGGUUCUGCGAACGUGCAGCUCGCCGGGAACUGCUUCUCCUGGUGUCCGGCGACUUUUUUCUUUUGCCAGGGUCAAGAACAGAGAUCGCUUACGGAAUGUAGAAAGUAUAGCCGUGUGAUUCCUUGAUUACUUGCUGAUUUCACCAUUCAUCUGUCUUUUUUUGCCAUGUUUUGAAUCUUCCUGUCGUGUCGGAUCUUUUUGAUCAUCUGAAACUUUACUAGGGUCUUGUCUUCCGGCAAUUGCUUAUCCCUAAGCAUUAACAUGUGAUUAAGUUAAUAAAAUGCCGUUGGGAGACGAUGUUUUCUUA